GCAAAUGAAAUAAUAAAAGUCGGAACUAUUAUUAUUAUUUAUAAUCUAAAAUGGCCAAGUCAAAGAAUCAUACGGCUCAAAACCAGAAUAAGAAGGACCACAAGAACGGUAUCAAGAAGCCAAAGAGACAGAGAUAUACCUCUCUUAAAGGAGUCGAGAGAAAAUUCAGAAGAAACAGAAGAAAAGCCAUUAAGGGUAUGCUCAAGGCCCAAGCCAAGCAGAAUGCUGAAUCUAAGUAAAGGGAAUAACUAAAAAUAUUAUUUUCUAACCCUCUUAUUUUUCGUUGGCCAAUG